CUUAAAAGGCCGAACGAAAAAUCAAAAAGCCCAUACAUAAAAAAGCCCAACCACUCUCUUCAAGAAUCAAAACUCAGCCGAACGACACACAGAUGUCCGAAGAGAGAUGAAAUUCACGGACUCGCCGGUGAUUGAGCUGUCCGUGAACGGCACGAGCCUCUCCCUCCAGCAGGACAACGGCUCGCUGCACGUCGGCACAUCCGUGUGGCCUUGCUCCCUCGUUCUCGCCAAGUUCGCCGAGCGAUGGUCCUCUCUGAUUCCGGACCCCAAUCCCUACUCCCAUCUCCUCGAUUUCCGCUCCACCCGCCAUCGCCGACGCGCCGUUGAGCUCGGCACCGGGUGCGGAGCCGCCGGGAUGGCUUUCCAUCUCCUCGGCCUGACGGAUAUCGUACUCACCGACAUCGCUCCGGUGAUGCCAGCGCUCAAGCACAACCUGAAGCGGAACAAGGCGGCGCUGGGAAAAACCCUAAAAACCUCGAUCGUGUACUGGAACAACAAGGAUCAGAUCGCGGCGCUGAAUCCGCCGUUCGAUCUGGUGGUCGCUGCUGACGUCGUGUACAUCGAGGAGUCGGUGGGGCAGCUGGUGGCGGCGAUGGAGGCACUGGUGGCCGACGACGGCGCGGUGCUGCUCGGAUACCAGGUGAGGUCGCCGGAGGCCGAUAAGCGGUUCUGGGAGCUCUGCGACGUCGUUUUCGGCAUAGAGAAGGUUCCUCACGACCAUCUUCAUCCAGAUUAUGCAUACGACGAGGCAGAUGUGUAUAUCUUGAAGAAGAAGAAACAGAGUCAGACUGAUACAGAGUGAUCCCACUAUGUCAUCUUCUACUGAUUUUCUCUUGUAAUAGAAACUCUUGUUCGCAGUUUGGAUCGAGAAAUGCAAGUCUGGAUUUUUCUCAAUUUAAGAAA